GUGGGACGCCAACGCGUAAAUGCCGCCUCUAACUAGCGGGAGUUUUCGGCGCGCAGUGCUCCUGCGGAUCUGCAGCACAAGGCUGUUGGCCGGGCACCGCAGGGCUUCGGGUCCGGGUUGCAGGUGGGACCCUCCCGCCGGAGCGGAAGAACUGCGGGGAGAGCUGGACAGAUUCGGGGGCGUCUCGGUGCGCCUGGCACGGCUCGGCGCCUUGGACCGCCUGGACGCCGCCUCAUUCCAGAGGCGCUUGCAGGCUGCAAUACAGCAAUGGAGAUCAGUAGGUAGGAUAGCGGUAUGGCUGCACAUUCCCAUCCUCCAAAGCCGAUUUAUUGCCCCUGCUGCUUCCCUGGGUUUCUGCUUUCACCAUGCAGAAUCGGAUUCAUCCACGCUGACACUGUGGCUGGGAGAGGGACCCAGCAGAUUACCAGGAUAUGCUACACAUCAAGUAGGAGUUGCAGGAGCUGUAUUUGAUGAAAAUACUGGAAAAAUAUUGGUUGUACAAGAUCGAAACAAAUUGAAAAAUAUGUGGAAGUUUCCAGGAGGCCUGUCAGAGCCUGGAGAAGAUAUUGGAGACACAGCAGUUCGAGAAGUUUUUGAAGAGACUGGUAUAAGAUCAGAAUUCAGGUCCCUCCUGAGCAUUCGGCAACAGCAUACCAAUCCUGGAGCUUUUGGGAAGUCAGAUAUGUAUAUCAUCUGUCGCUUAAAGCCACAUUCAUUCACCAUAGAUUUUUGCCAGCAUGAAUGCUUAAGGUGUGAAUGGAUGGAUCUCAGUGACCUGGUCAAGACUGAAAAUACAACUCCCAUCACCAGCAGAGUUGCUAGGCUGCUGCUCUAUGGGUACAGAGAAGGCUUUGACAAGAUUGAUUUCACCAUGGAAGAACUUCCGGCAGUUUACACAGGCUUGUUCUAUAAACUCUAUCACAAGGAUCUGCCAGCCAAUUACAGAACUAUGACAAGAAUGGAUUAAAUCCAUAGUU